CCGUCCCACUCGCUCCAUAUUCUAGAGAUCUCCAUCCAUCCAUCCACCUCUCCUUCGCCGGAGAGAAAAAGGCAGGCAAGGCGCACACUUCCACCACACACACUGCGCGCUUUACGAGAGCAGAGAACCAGAGGGGAACCCGUGCUUACCUUUCCUGUAGCUCCGUUUGCUCCGUCCAUGGCCGAUCCAGCCGAGGAGACCGUCGCCGCGCCCCCGCCGACCCCGGCAGCGCCGGCCGAGGGCGCCCCGCCGCUGUCCGCGGAGCCGCCGGCCAGCGCCGACGCCUCGCCGGAGAAGGCGGCCCCGCCCGCGUCUGCGCCGGACACCACGGUCAGGUCCCGUGGGUUCAGGCUGCUCGGCGAGGACACCUCCGUGCACAAGGUGCUUGGUGGCGGUAAAACUGCUGAUGUACUGUUAUGGAAGGACAAGAAAACAACUGCUGUGGUGAUCGGUGGCACAACUGUCAUAUGGGUUUUAUUUGAAGUGCUUGAUUACCAUCUCUUAACUCUGUUAUCCCAUGUGAUGAUUGGUGUCCUGGCCAUCUUGUUCGUGUGGUCCAAAGCUAUGACCUUCAUCAAGAAGAGCCCACCGGAUAUUCCUGUAGUUGAGAUACCUGAAGACCUCGCUGUGAAUGUAUCACGGGCAUUACGCAACGACGUCAACAGAUCACUUCACUUGUUCCGGGAGAUCGCAAUGGGGCAUGAUCUGAAGAAAUUCCUUGGUGUGAUUGCUGGUCUCUGGGUUCUGUCAGAAGUCGGAAGCUGCUGUGAUUUCCUCACCUUGAUAUACAUCGCUGUCCUGAUGAUCCACACGGUGCCGAUCUUGUACGAUAAGUACCAGGACAAGGUGGAUCACUUCGCCGGAAAGGCUCAUACCGAGGCGUGCAAGCACUACGAGGUGCUGGACCAGAAGGUUUUGAGCAAGAUACCGCGAGGACCGGCGAAAACCAAGAAGACCUAGAAUGCUGGCUGUCUCGUGCGUGCAUGCUGCUCGGUGUUUGUGGUUCCGUGAUCCAUGUGCGUAGUGCCACUAGACAGUUCGGUUCCCCGAUCCAUAUGGGUAAUGCCACCAGACAGUUACUCAACCUACUCGGUGUUACCUUGUGCUCCGCAUGUAUUAGCUAUUUGUAUAUGCAACUCUGAAAACUUGGAACUGCUACCUUUCUACUGCCGCAGUUGCUUGUAGAUACUUGCCCUGUCACUUGUGUGUAUGCUCGGCAGAUGUGUUUCGUGUGGAUGUUCUGUUCGUAAUGAAAAUCCUGCUGAAUGGAUGUUCUUGAAAGAAAA